CGGGCUGACAGGAAUCAGGGAGGGAAAUCAGUCUGUGGCAGUGAAGAUCCCCUUAUUCCCCUACCAACCCCCAGCUGAAGAGGCCCCGGAGCCAGCCCCCAGAGAAUCUCUGGCCUGGGGGAUCCAAGGUUCUAUCUGUGUAUCUACUAGCCUGGAUAUUUUGCCCAAAGAUGAUCCUAUAGCCCUGGCCAAUUCUUUUGGAAGGACUGGGCAGAUGGGGGAAGUUGGAUAUAUCUCCAGGAAGCUAACUAUUAUUUAUGGGUCCAAGAAUGAAGAGGAUUUUGACAUAUAAUCUUUAAUUCUUCAUCAUGAAACCACAUUUUUCCUGAGGCCCAUAGGUUUUCAAUGGUGUUUAAAUGAGGGCUUCAGUCAAGCAAUAUGACCUCACCUGAUCCUCUCCUAGACCCAUCAAAAUUGAACAGGAGAACAUAAGAAGCAGGAUGGAUGGAACAAACAACUGGAAACCAGAAUUCCUGGACCUGCCACCACCUCCCCAAAGCCUCAGACCUUAUGACUGGCGGUCAGCCCCCGGCAUUGGGAUACGUCACCAAAUUAUUGCAAUAAACCAGACUGGUGUAACCAGGGCCCAUCUAUCUAUGGCCCACGGAGGGAGUGGUGGUGGCAAGAAGGAGAGAGAAGAAAGGGCAGAGAUGGAAUUAACGGGACGUGCUGAAUGUGUGAGAAGUGAGGAAAAGGGGGGAAAUCAAAGGUUGAAGGACUGUGGGACAUCACAAUCGGUGUGUUCUUAUCCUUGGUGGAGAUGCUGGCCUGAAGCUCAGAAGGACCACAAUGAGGAAGAAAGAACGGGUAAUCCUCCGGACAUCGCCAUCCCAUCUGAGGACCACAGACUUUGGGGGGGAGAAGGAUUAGAGGAAUAAAAAGGUGAGAUUUACCUUGCCAACCCUUUAUUCCCUUCCCUUUAGUCUCCUCGCCUGCCACUUCCUUUACGGCCCCCCUCCUUUCAAGAUCCUCCUGCCUCGAACUGGUGGGGGAAUCCCCUGUCUGCCCCAGGGGCAAGCCUCUUUUCCUGCCUCCCCCCACGCCCCUUCUCAUUACGGGAGGAAGGAGAGCCUGGGAGCCCCGCAGCUGCCAAAUUCCACUCUCUCAUUUCCUGCCUUUUUAGUCUUUAACCAGGAGAUGGCGUGAAGAGGGCUGAGGAAGAGGGGCUGGGGAGAAUUCUGGCAAAGUUUGCUCAGGAUGCCCGCGUAGCAGCUGGCGUUUUCCUUCUCCAGGGGAUCAGAAGGAAGUUGCCUCAGUUUCUCUCAUCUGUAACAAACAGCUAGCUGUUCUCCAAGGCUCUCUCACGCUGCCCUCGGUCCCACAGCCUCUGCCUCUAACGCCCCAUGCCUGAGAAUCGCCCACUCCCGCUCCCCCUCCGCACCGCUCCAUCAGCUCACGCCCUGGCUCCCCGCCGGACCCAGCGUCUGCAGCCCGGAGGCCGGGCAAGGAGGGGCCUGGCGGGGCGGCUCAGCGAGAGCCACAUCCCCGAGACCGGCUCUGCCACGCCCCAAGGUCAAGGCCCAGGGCGGGGCCUCUGAGCCCCGGCUGCGCGAAGGCUUAGGUUCUCUGGGACAUUUAGGUCCAAGAAAGGCCAGAGAUGCUUUGGAGGCGGGAGGGGCUGGGAAACCCGUUCCCUCUAGACCGGUCUUCCCAGCCCCGGGACUCGCCCCUCCCCCAGACGCUCCUCCCCUGAUCCCGCCCCCGGGUUCCCCCUUGCUUCCAGCCGCGGUUUCCCCCCUUUCCCCGGCUCUGCUCGGCCCCCAGCCUGGCUCGGCUCCCCGAGCCCCGGGGGCCAACGCUGCUCUUGUGGCCGGUUUUGCCAUGCGCCCGCCGCCCUCUGCUCUCCUGUUUCUGCUGCUGCAGCUGCUCGGGGGCAGGCCCUCCUGGGGGUCCUCGGAGCCCCCGCUUCCAGCCGUGGUCAUCGCCGUGCUGGCUCGCAACGCCGGAUACUCCCUGCCAUACUACCUCGGGGCUCUGGAGCGGCUGGACUACCCCCGGGCCCGCCUUGCCCUCUGGUGUGCCACAGAUCAUAAUGUGGACAAUACGACAGAGAUACUUCAAGAGUGGCUGACUGCUGUGGGUAAGGACUAUGCAGAAGUGGUGUGGCGACCUGAAGGCGAGCCAAGGUUGUACCCAGAUGAAGAGAGUCCCAAACAGUGGACCAAGGAACGCCACCAGUUCCUCAUGGAGCUGAAACAAGAAGCUUUGGACUUUGCACGAGCUUGGGGAGCUGAUUAUAUCCUGUUUGCAGACACGGACAAUAUCCUAACCAACAAUCAAACCUUGAAGUUCCUGAUUGGGGAGGGUCUACCAGUUGUAGCCCCUAUGCUGGACUCCCAGACUUAUUACUCCAACUUCUGGUGUGGGAUCACCCCACAGGGUUAUUACCGAAGAACAACAGAUUACUUUCCUACCAAAAAUCGACAGCGUCAGGGCUGUUUCCAAGUGCCCAUGGUACACUCUGCCUUCUUGCUAGCCCUUCGGGGCAAGGGAGUUGACCAACUGGCCUUCCAUCCUCCCCAUCCCAACUAUACAUGGCCCUUUGAUGACAUUAUCGUUUUUGCUUAUUCUUGCCAGGCUGCAGGUGUCUCAGUCCAUGUUUGCAACCAACAUCGAUUCGGUUACAUGAAUGUUCCAGUCAAAUCACACCAGGGGUUGGAGGAUGAGAAAAUCAACUUUGUCCAUCUAAUCUUGGAAGCCCUAGUGGAUGGCCCACCUAUGCAGCCUUCAGCCCAUGUGUUCCUGUCCCCCAAAAGACCCAACAAGAUGGGGUUUGAUGAGGUUUUUGUCAUUAGCCUAGCCCGUCGGCCCGAACGCCGAGAACGGAUGCUGAGCUCCCUGUGGGAGAUGGAGAUUGCUGGACGGGUACUGGAAGCUGUAGAUGGCAGAGCACUCAAUAGCAGCUCCAUCAAAAGCCUGGGUGUGGACCUUCUUCCUGGAUACUAUGACCCCUAUUCUGGCCGCACAUUGACCAAGGGAGAGGUGGGCUGUUUCCUCAGCCACUACUCCAUCUGGGAGGAGAUGGUCACCCGGGGCCUGGAGCGGGUGGUGGUGUUUGAGGACGACGUGCGCUUUGAGUCCGGCUUCAGGCAGCGGCUGGAGCGGCUGAUGGAGGAGGUGGCUCAGGAGCAGCUGCAGUGGGACCUGAUUUACCUGGGGCGCAAGCAAGUUACCUGGGAGGAGGAGCCGGCUGUGGAGGGAGUGCGCCACCUCGUGGUGGCCAACUACUCCUACUGGACUCUGGCCUACGCGCUGUCCCUCAGCGGUGCUCGGAAGCUGCUGGAGGCCCAGCCUCUGGGCAGGAUGCUGCCGGUGGAUGAGUUCCUGCCCAUCAUGUACGACCGACACCCAAAUGAAGACUACAAGAAGCACUUCUCCCCCCGGGAUCUGAGAGCUUUUGCUGUGAGGCCCCUGCUUGCUUUUCCCACCCAUUACGCGGGGGACGCCCAGUGGCUGAGCGACACAGAGACAUCCACCAUCUGGGACGAUGACACUCAGGUCACGGGUUGGAAUGGCUCUCGGAAGACCCUGAGGGACCCGAGGCUGGACAGGGUGGGCAGCAGUGGACACAGCCUCCAUUCCACUUCUCACGAUGAGCUCUAGUGCUGGGGGUUUUAUCUGUGGAUCAAAGAAUGAACCUCCAGAGGAGACAUGGGGAUCUCCAACCAGGAGCCAGGGAGAGCUGGAAGAAACUGGUUUCCCUAAGUCCAUUGGAGAGAUCGUUGCUGUUCAUUUUGGCGUUUCUUUACCUGCAAAAACCAGGACCAUUACCACUGUGAUUCCCCACUCCUAUUCCCCCAAACUACAGCAAACCAUUUCCCUUCUCCACAAAGGUGCUAAGGCAAGGGGUCUAUCAGUCAGCUCAUUUUAUACAGAGGGUAGGUGGGAACUGAAGGCCUGGGAGUCUCUCUCAAGGUAACAUAUACACUAAUUUAGUUACAAUGAUCUAGGAUUUCCCUAACAGUGUGUGUCUAUGGCAGGAAGGGAGAGACCCUAGAAUUCUUGGCUGACCUGCUAGAACCUAUGUCCUAUUGUCUGUUUUACCUCUCUUACCCUACCUCCAUCCUGCAUCCCUUUUCCUCUGAAGUUAGGGCUAAGGAAAGGAAUGAAAUUUGGAAAUCUUCCAGGCUGAAGAGGGAAAAAAAGGACUAGGAAUCUCAGGUUGGCAACUGAGCCCCCCAUUAUCACUAGGCAGCAGGAGGAAAUCUUUACUGAGGCUGUCACCCCUGAUCAGGAGGUUAUUAACAGUAGCAAGACUGAAUGAACUCUUUGCAGCUUUCUGAUUAUACCAGCAGCCAAGAUGAGAGGACAAAUUCCUGGAAUAUAGAGGAGGAUCCAGGCCAGACCUGGUGGCUUGCAAUAAAUAAAUAUUUGUUUUGCACUUUAAACUUUGCCCCUGCCUCAUCAUAUGUAUAUUGGAUCUGUGACUCUAAAAGAAGAAUAAUAAUGCUUAACUCCAUUUAGCAGAUGAGGAAACUGAGGUCCAAGGAAGUCAUGGUCACCCUAAGAGUUGGUAGCAAAGCUAGAAGUAAAACCCAGAUAUCUUAACCUUCUGUCCCAGGCCCUUUCCAUAUCUCAGGCUACUUGUCCAGACAAGCCAGUCCUUUUCUUCAGAGAAAUUACUAACUAAAGGUUGUGUGUGGGUUUCAUUGCACCAGCUCAGAAACUCUGGCUGACAAUUGUCUUAAAAGCUAGGGACAUAGGGGUAGCUAGGUAAUGCAGCGGACAAAGUACCAGCCCUAAAGACAGGAGGACCUGAGGUCAAAUCUGACUUCAGACAUUUAACACUUCCUAGCUGUGUGACCCUGGGAAAGUCACAACCCCAAUUGUCUCAGAAAAAAAAAAGUUGGGGAGUGUUAUUUACACAUUUGACCCUAGCAGAAGGAGGCAAGGGGUGGUCUCUGGCACCAACUAAUGGUGUUGGGCGUUACCAACACCUUUGGCAUCUGAAAAGCAAGAAAGAAUUUUGGGAUGGUGCUGAAGCAUGAAGGUACCUUGGAGUUCACUAAUGUAGAAGCUAAGGAAGAGAAAGCUUGCCCAAUGUCACAGUCAAGGCAGUAGCUGAAUGGAGCGCAGUAAUUUUUUAAAAAUAGUAUAUAAUUAAGCAGCAUGACCAUUCCAGCCCGAGCUCCAAGUCCUCUUGGUUGUAUGAUUAAUUACGAGGGGAAAGCUCUACUCAUCCAUUCAGCUCUGUGGAGAAAAGACUCAAACAUGGAGAAAAAGAGGUAUGGAGCCCCUAUUUAGUAAUGAAACCAUAGUUACCUGUCAAAAAGAGCUCUCUCAGAUGAAUGGGGAGAGAAAGCUGUGGGGUGGCUCUUCCCAUCACCCAAGAGACUGAAAUUCAGUCAGAGUACAAGAGACCUCCUGCUGCUCUGUACUUUAAGGGCCUGGGAGAGGGCAGGCUGAGUUCGUGACAGGCCAGGUCCUGAGUGACAGAGAGUCCUUUAUCCCAGGACCAGUAUCUGAUACUUGCUGACCUGCAUAACAGCUGACUGGAGCAUCACACAUAGCCAAUUUCUCUACCCUACGUACUACAUUAUUAUACAUGUUGAAACCUUUGGUGAGGAUUUGUGGGAUGAAAUUUUGCCUUCAGAAAGGGUAGCAAAGGUUAUGCUAUUGUAGUUAAGGGAACAAAAUCUGUGACAAGGUUUGAUAUUGCAGUCUAGAGUUAGGUGAGAGUCAUUCACUUUAAAAUUUAUUUUAUAUAUGUGUAUAUACACACAAUAAACUUACAUAGUGUGUACAUAUAUGUACACAUAUAAAGUAAAAUGCAAAAAAAAAAAAGGAUUUCUAUGUUUAUGUCAGAAGACAAAAAGCCCCCAUCUUCGGAAAGAGUAGCUAAGGUCACACUAUUGUAGUUAAGGGAACAAAAUCUGACAAGGUUUGAUAUUGUAGUCUAGAAUUAGGUAAGAAUCAUAUUCACUUUAAAACUUUAUUAUAUAUAUAUAUACAUACAUAUAUAUACACACACAUAUACAAUACACUUACAUAUAUGUACAUGUACAAACUAAAAUGCAAAACAUUUGUAUGUCAGAAGACAAAAAGUGGAUUGUAAUAGACUGUAAAUCUCCAUUUUUUACCAUUUGAUUAAAAAAAAAAAGUAUAUAAUUUCCAUUACUUUCAA